UUGAACCUUUUGGCACUCUAUGCUUUCAGUGUCAAGAUUCACCGCAAGCCGCUCCCCACAGACAUCCUGCUGCUUAAUCUGACUGUUUCUGACCUGCUUUUUUUGAUCACCCUUCCUCUGAAGAUGCAUGAAGCAGUGUCAGGCAUGGAAUGGAAUCUUCCAGCCUUAAUGUGCUCCAUCACCUCCUUCAUCUUUUUCUCCACCAUCUACACCAGCUCCUUGCUGCUGAUGGCAGUGAGUGUGGUCCGCUACAUGGCCGUGGCCUUCCCCGUCACCUAUCACAAGCUGAACAAACCUUUGUACCCAGUUAUUGCGAGUGCUGUUAUCUGGAUCAUUUCAGCGGUGCACUGCAGCAUCACUUUCUUCGUCCAGCACCACCCAUCCCUGGCCAGCGCAAACUCCAGCGUGUGCUAUGAAAACUUCACUGAGAAGCAGCUGGAGGUCCUCCUUCCAGUACGUUUGGAGAUGUUCUUUGUGCUCUGCCUUUUCCCUCUUGUUAUCUCCAUUUACUGCUACUUGCACCUGAUAGUGAUUCUGUACAGCCGACAGAGGAUCUCCUGGAUGCAGAAGAAGAAGGCUGUUGGCAUGGCCUUGGAGUCCUGA